CCCCACCGCUCGCUGCUCUCUCCCUCCGUCUCUCUCUCUCUUCUCUAUAAGCCCAGCCGCCCGCACCCAGGGAGAGAGAGGACGUCCCCAAAGGAGAGAGAGAGAGGCACGCGCAGCAUCCAUUCCUUGCCGCUGCCGCCGCACACUCCCAUUGCAGAGCCCCACCCCGCACAAAAGCAGAGCAGCCACUUUCCCCUCCCGCUCCCCAUCUCCGUCCUCCUCCCAUGGCGAGAUCGACGCGCGGCGCGCUCCUCCUCCUCCUCGCGCUGCUGGCGCUGGCGGCGGCGGCCCGCGCGGGCGACGUGCCGGCGGCGGCGCUGGGCUGGGAGCUCGGGGUGGUGGGCGCCGCGGAGGACGAGGAGUUCGGCUUCCCCGCCGGCGGCGACUCCGUGGCGCGCCGGGUGCUGCAGGGCGGGUCCGGGUACAUCAGCUACGGCGCGCUGCGGCGGGACAACGUGCCGUGCUCCGUGCGGGGGGCCUCCUACUACAACUGCCGCCCCGGCGCGCAGGCCAACCCCUACUCGCGCGGCUGCUCCGCCAUCGCCCGCUGCCGCGGCUGAUCCCUCGCCCGCCCGCUUCGGCACCGGCGACCGCCGGGAGGAAGAGGAGAAGGUUCAUCCCGUUAAUCCCUCGCCGUUCAGCAGAAAAAAAGGAAACUGUUCAUCUGCCCCUUUUAAUCAAUUGUUAUUGUUAUUAGUGCUGGUAUUAUUUGUCUUGUCGUCCAUGCUUAGCCGAGGAUGAUUGGUGGUGGCUGGGCUGAUUCAGUUCGGAUCCGUCUGUCGGGUCCUGUAAAUUGCACGCAUGAUUUGUGGAUCAUCAUCGAUCCACUGGUGUAUAAACUGAUGAUGAUUGAACCAGCAUGAGUUGAUUGCGAUUGUAGCCA